AUGGCUGACAAGUUGGCAUUCCUUCUCUUCGGAGACCAGUCUCUUGAUACCCACGGCUUCCUCGCCGAGUUUUUUCGCCAGGAGAAACAGGGUAUACUCGCAAAGGCCUUCUUGGAGCAAGCCGGGCACGAAUUGAGGAAGGAAGUUGAGAAGUUGCCUCGAGUGGAACGAUCACGACUGCCGAUUUUCCGAACUCUUCAGCAACUAAACGAGAGAUACUACGCCCAGAAGCUCAAGCACCCAGGAAUCGAUGGGGCGUUGUUGUGUAUAUCUCAACUGGCACACUACAUCGACCACGCAGAGAAGAACUUCGAGGAUGUGACCCGGCAUGAUAGCACCCACCUUGUCGGUCUCUGCUCUGGGCUGUUUGCCGCCUCUGCCAUUGCAUCGACACCAUCCCUGUCAGCCUUGGUACCUGUGGCCGUCCAGGCUGUCCUUCUCGCCUUCAGGACUGGGUCGUACGUUCACACACUGGGAGACCGAUUAUGUCCUGCCAAUGAGCAAUCAGAGAGCUGGACAUACAUCUUCCCAGGGCUCAAGGAGGACGAUGCCACGGCUGCCCUCGAGAGCUUCCAUCGCGAAAAUGGCAUUCCCCAGGCGAGCCGUGCCUAUGUCAGUGCCGCCUCCGCCAGCAGCCUCGCCAUUUCUGGGCCGCCCACCACGCUCAGACUCUUGGUUGCCAAGGGCAGGCUGUCAGCCAAGCCGACGUCGAUUCCAGUCUACGGCCCGUAUCAUGCCGCUCAUCUACACGCCUCCGCCAACAUCGACAAGAUUCUGCAUUUAGAUGAUCCGGAAGUGGUCGAUGCCUUCUACAACACUCGGCCACGGUCGGCGGUUAUGUCAUGCACAUCGGGGACUUGGUUCGCGGCGACGGAUACGCGGACGCUGAUCAAAUCAGUCGUGUUUGAAAUUCUCAAUGAGACUCUGAUGUUUAACAAGGUCCUCGACGGGUGUCUCGAGCGGGCGCGCCAGUUCAAGGGAGAUAGCUGUCUCAUUUUGCCGCUGGGUCCCACUCAAAAUGCCGCGACGCUCGCGAAUCUUCUCAAGUCUCAGACAGACUUGGAGGUCAUUCUCCGCAAGCCGCCUGCUGUGUCACCGGAGAGCACGUCCUCGACAAUCGGGAACCAUGGGUCGGUGGGAAGGUGCAAGUUGGCCAUUGUCGGCAUGGCAGGUCGCUUCCCUGAUGCUGCCAGCCACGAGAAGCUCUGGGAGCUGUUGGAGAAGGGCCUGGAUGUCCACCGUGUGGUCCCGGCGGAUCGCUUUGAUGUCAAGUCUCACUAUGAUCCCACCGGAAAGAUCAUGAACACCAGUCACACGCCCUAUGGCUGCUGGAUUGAGAACCCCGGGUUUUUCGACCCUCGGUUUUUCAACAUGUCGCCCCGUGAAGCGCUCCAGACCGAUCCCAUGCAGCGCAUGGCCUUGACCACGGCCUAUGAAGCUCUCGAGAUGUCUGGUUAUGUGCCGAACCGGACGCCAACUACCCGCCUUGACCGCAUCGGCACCUUUUACGGCCAGACAUCUGAUGACUGGCGUGAACUGAAUGCGGCCCAGGAGGUCGACACCUACUACAUCACGGGUGGUGUGCGUGCUUUCGGCCCCGGACGCAUCAACUACCACUUUGGUUUCAGCGGACCCAGUCUCAACAUUGAUACUGCCUGUUCGUCCAGUGCCGCGGCUAUGAACGUCGCUUGCUCCUCUCUGUGGGCUCGGGACUGUGACACUGCCAUUGUCGGUGGGUUGUCGUGCAUGACCAACCCGGACAUUUUCUCCGGUCUCAGCAGAGGACAAUUCCUGUCCAAGAAGGGACCUUGCGCUACUUUCGACAACGAGGCUGACGGCUACUGCCGUGGUGACGGUUGCGCCUCUGUGGUCGUCAAGCGUUUGGAGGAUGCCGAAGCUGAGGGUGACAGAAUCCUUGCUGUCAUCUUGGGUACGGCCACCAACCACUCUGCUGAUGCCAUCUCCAUCACUCAUCCUCACGGACCGACGCAGUCUGUCCUUUCUCGCCAGAUUCUUGACGAGGCUGGUGUGGAUCCCCUUGAUGUCGACUAUGUUGAAAUGCACGGAACCGGCACUCAAGCUGGCGAUGGUACCGAGAUGGUGUCUGUCACCAAUGUCUUUGCCCCCGCAGAGCGCAAGAGACCUGCCAACAGACCUCUCUAUCUCGGUGCCGUCAAGGCCAAUGUCGGUCACGGAGAGGCUGCUUCUGGUGUGACUGCUCUGUGCAAGGUGCUCAUGAUGCUCCAAAAGAAUGCCAUCCCACCCCACGUGGGUAUCAAGCAGGGCUCCGUCAUCAACAAGACUUUCCCCAAGGAUUUGUCUGAGCGCAACGUCAACAUUGCCUUCCACACCACCCCCUUCAGAAGAAAGGAUGGCAAGCCCAGACGCGUCUUCAUCAACAACUUCAGUGCCGCUGGCGGUAACACUGGCUUGCUUCUUGAAGAUGCGCCUCAGCGCCCCAAGGCCACCGCCGAUCCCCGCAGCCACCACGUUGUCACCCUCACCGGCAAGUCAAAGGCUGCCAUGAUCCGUAAUGCGGAACGCCUCGUUGGCUGGAUGGAGAGGAACCCCGAGACGCCGCUGUCUCAUGUGGCCUACACCACCACUGCCAGAAAGAUUCAGCACUACUGGCGCAUGAACGUCGUUGCCAGUGACCUCGACGAGGCGAAGUCGGCCAUUUCUACCCGCCUCAAGGAGAACUUCGUCCCUGUUCUCCCUGAGCAACCCAAGGUUGCCUUCAUGUUCACUGGCCAGGGAUCUCACUACCCCGCCCUCGGCAAAGAGUUCUAUGAGCACUACUCGGUCUUCCGUCAGAACAUUGACGAGUUUGACCGCAUUGCUCAGAUCCAUGGCUUCCCAUCAUUCUUGCCCCUGAUUGACGGCAGCGAGUCUGAUGUCUCCAAGCUGUCUCCAGUGGUUGUGCAGCUUGGCCUGGCCUGCUUCGAGAUGGCUCUUGCCCGCUUGUGGAUAUCUUGGGGUAUCCGCCCUGCUGUGGUCCUUGGCCACAGUCUGGGUGAGUAUGCUGCUCUCGAGGUGGCUGGUGUUCUUUCCGCCAGUGAUGCCAUCUACCUCGUCGGCGCGCGUGCCCAGCUCCUUGUUGAGAAGUGCACCGCCGGCACCCAUGCUAUGCUUGCCACCAUGGGCUCUGUCGAGACCAUCAUGGACGCUCUUGGUGUGAAGGCCACUGGUGUCAAUGUCGCCUGCAUCAAUGGCCCUCGCGAGACUGUUCUCAGCGGCGAGUCUAGCGAGAUGGCUGAGAUUGCCCAACACCUCACCGGCGCCGGCUUCAAGUGCACUCAGCUCCGUGUGCCCUUCGCCUUCCACUCGGCCCAGGUUGACGCCAUCCUGGACGACUUUGAGAAGCUCGCCAAGUCUGUACAGUUCAACACCCCCAAGGUGCCCAUCAUUUCGCCCCUUCUUGGCAAGAUGGUCGAGAACGAGCCCAUCACGCCUGGCUAUCUUCGCAACCAUGCCCGUGAGGCCGUCAACUUUCUCGGUGGCCUGGUUUCUGCUCAGCAGUCUGGUGCCAUUGACGAGAAGACUGUCUGGCUCGAGGUUGGCCCUCACCCAGUGUUGGCUGGUAUGGUCAAGGCUUCUUUCGGCGUUGCCACCAUUGCGGUCCCGACUCUUCGUCGCAACGAGGGUUGCUACAGGACUCUGUCCUCCAGCUUGUGCACUCUGCACACCGCUGGUCUAAACGUCGACUUCAACGAGUUCCACCGUGACUUCAGCGAAUCGGUUCGCCUGCUUGAUUUGCCCAGCUACUCGUUCGAUGAGAAGAACUACUGGCUGCAGUACACUGGCGACUGGUGCUUGUCCAAGAACCGCGUCGGAACCCAGGCUGGUCCCAAGGCCAUCGAGGCCCCCAAGCCCAAGCUGUCCACCACGACCGUUCAGAAGAUCACCAAGGAGGAGGUCAACGGCGACGUUGUCAUCCUCGAGACCGAGUCCGAUCUUUGCCAACCAGAGCUUCGCAACGUGGUCUCUGGUCACUUGGUCAACGGUGCUCCUCUGUGCCCAUCUUCGCUCUAUGGCGACAUGGCCAUGACCGCAUGCCAGUACGCUUACAAGCUGGUACGGCCCGGGACCGAAAAAAUCGGCACCAAUGUGGCACACAUGGAAGUUCCCAAGACGUUGAUCUUCAACGACACCGCAAAGAGCCACAUACUGCGCAUGACUAUCAACGCCAAUGCUAGGACCGGCCAGGCCGACGUUGUCUUCCACACUGGUGAUGGCGCCAAGAGAACCGACCAUGCUAUCUGCAAGGUCUACUUCGGUGAGCUCGAGGACUGGCAGAACGAGUUUGACCGUGUUGCCUACUUGAUUAAGACCCGCAUCGACUCACUCAAGGCGGCUGAGCAGCGUGGUGAGGCUUCCAAGAUUGGCCGCGGGCUUGCUUACAAGCUCUUCGGUGCUCUUGUCGACUACAACCGCAGAUAUCAGGGCAUGGAGGAGGUCAUUUUGGACAGCAAGACUUGCGAGGCUACUGCCAAAAUCCGCUUCCAGACUACGCCGGAGGAUGGCAACUACGUUUUCAGCCCGUACCACAUCGACAGUUCUUGCCACAUCUCCGGUUUCAUCAUCAACGGAACUGACGCCGUCGACUCACGUGAGCAGGUGUUCAUCUCUCACGGUUGGGGUUCGAUGAGGUUCACCGAGGUUCCUCAGGCCAACAAGGAGUAUCGCAGCUACAUCCGCAUGCAGCCCAUCAAGGGCUCCAAGAUGUAUGCCGGUGAUGCCUACGUUUUCGACGGCGACAAGGUCAUCGGUAUCACGGGUGACAUCAAAUUCCAAGCAAUCCCUCGCAAGGUCCUCAACAUGAUGUUGCCUCCUCGCGGCACUGCUAUUUCCAGCGGACCUGCCCGUGCUGCUCCUGCGGCCAAGGCUGCCCCGGUCAAGGCUGCUCCCGCCAAGAAGAAGAAGGAGACUGUCACCCCCGCCAACAUUGGCAAGGUGAACCAGAAGCUCAAGGGUGUUGUCUCCCAGGUCAUGGAUAUCCUUGCCAAGGAGGUCGGCUGCAGCCACGAUGAGCUUGCCGACAACAUCGCCUUCACAGAUCUUGGUGUUGACUCUCUGAUGUCCUUGACUGUCAGCGGUCGCAUCCGUGAGGAGAUGGACCUGGAUCUUCACUCCAAUGCCUUUGUUGACCACCCCACUAUUGGCGUCUUCAAGAUCUACUUGGCUCAAUUUGAGAAGUCUGGCGUCCAGGCGAGCAUCUCUUCCAGCGAAUCCGACAACUCUGAUGAUGAGUCACCUGAGAUUGAUUCCGACUCCAACGUCACCACUCCUCUUGAUGAGAGUGAGACAGACUCUCUCAAGGGUGAUGGUCUGAAGAACGAGUCUGGGUCCUCUAGCAGCGAGCUUCAGAGCAUCGUUCGCAACACCAUUGCUGGUGAGAUGCAGGUCGAGGUUGACGAGAUCCUCGCUGCCCCCGACCUUGCCAACCUUGGCAUGGACUCGUUGAUGAGCUUGUCUAUCCUCGGUACACUCCGUGAGAAGACCGGUCUGACGAUCCCAUCUGAUCUCUUUGUCUCCAACCCAUCUCUCAAGGAUGUUGAGCGUGCCUUGGGCAUCGUUGAUGCCCCCAAGCCUCGCCCUGCUGCCCCUAAGCAGUCAAAGCAGCAGGCUCCCGCUCCCAAGACCGCUCAGCACCCCCGCAUUGGCAAUGAGCAGCCCUGCCCUCCCAAGCCUCCCAGACCUACCAACAUUGUCGAUGACUACCCAAACCGCAAGGCUUCCUCGGUUCUUCUCUCAGGCAGCCACCGCACCGCCACGAAGCAUCUCUUCAUGAUUCCUGAUGGCUCCGGUUCCGCUACAUCUUACACUGAGAUCGCCGACGUGGGAGGUGACUGGGCUGUCUGGGGUCUCUUCUCCCCAUUCAUGAAGACCCCUGAGGAAUACAAGUGCGGUGUCUAUGGCAUGGCCUCCAAGUUCAUUGAGGAGAUGAAGCGUCGUCAGCCGCAGGGCCCAUACUCCCUUGCCGGUUGGUCCGCAGGUGGUGUCAUCGCCUACGAGAUCGUCUCCCAGCUGGUCAAGGCUGGUGACGAGGUUGAGCACCUGAUCAUUAUCGAUGCUCCUUGCCCCGUCACCAUCGAGCCCCUCCCCGAGGGACUCCACGCUUGGUUCGCCUCCAUCGGCCUCCUCGGUGACGGCGACGACAAGAAGAUCCCCCCUUGGCUCCUGCCCCACUUCGCUGCCAGUGUUUCGGCACUGAGCAACUACGACGCGGAGCCCAUUCCCAAGGAGAAAUGUCCCAAGGUGACGACCAUCUGGUGCGAGGACGGUGUGUGCAAGCUGCCCACCGACCCCCGACCAGAACCAUACCCCAAGGGACACGCCCUCUUCCUGUUGGACAACCGGACAGACUUUGGUCCCAACAGGUGGGACGAGUACUUGGAUGUGAACAAGAUGCAGUUCAGACACAUGCCAGGGAACCACUUCUCGAUGAUGCAUGAUGAUCAGGCCAAGCAACUCGGAAGCUUCAUCCGCGAAGUGCUUUUGUAA